AUGGCUACUCCCACUCCCAUGCCAGCCAGAGGCGAUCGAAACGCCCCAGUCUUUGAUUCGUCCAAGCCCCACGAGUUGCGCCGUUAUUUCCUCGAUCUGGAGUUCCUUCUAGCUCGAUCUGCCGUCACUGACGCUGCCCAAAUGAAGGGGCAUGCGGUCAGAUUCCUUUCCGUCGAAGAUCAGGAGAUUUGGGAAGGUCUACCGUCAUUCUCAGACGCCAACAAAUCGUACCACGACUUCAAAUUGGACGCCCUCAGCCUCUACGCAGGGAACGACACAGAUCGUCGUUUCAGCCUCGACGAUUUGGACAUGCUCGUUGGGCAGACAUCUCGCAUGGGAAUCCACACAAAGGACGACCUCACACAAUUUUAUCGACGAUUCCUACACAUCACAACAUUCCUGAUUAGCAAACAACGACUCUCUGUGGCAGAACAGAGCCGAUUUUUCCUUCGAGCUAUGAAUCCAGCCUCGUUGUCCGUCUCAGUUCGCCAGAGACUUCAGAUCAAGAAGCCAGACGUUCACCCUGAGGAUCCAUAUGAUUUGUCAGAUCUGUACGACGCUGCUAAAUUCGUCCUUUCAGGAUCAUCGACCUUACUUCCUGGAAUGCCCACGUCUCAGCCCGGAACCGAGCUCACAAUCAAAUCAGACCCUGGAAUUACUGCACUAGUUUCAUCCGUCUCAGAUCUAGUUCGAAUAAUCGCUGCUCAACACGCCAAUCCUGGUGCCCCAGCACAAUCACAGUCCGCCAACGCCCUGCCCCGCCGUCGCCGUCCUGAUGGCUGCAGUUAUUGCAGUGAUCUCGAGCAUUUUAUCAGCCAAUGUCCCCACGUUUCGACGGAUAUUCGAGACGGAAAAUGCCGCCGCAAUGUGGAUGGGAAAGUCGUCCUCCCCUCAGGCGCAUAUGUGCCAAAUAUUGUCCAAGGAAAGGAUCUUCGAGAGCGCAUUCAGAAGUGGCAUGAAGCGAACCCAGGUCAGGCAGCAGCUCCGCAGAUGAUUUUGGAAGUUUCUCACCAGAAUUUGCUGUCUUCUGCGGCGCCUGGGCUCGUUCAAACGUUCAAACUCACGGACGAAGAACGAAUGGCAGUUCUGACGGCUGAAAUUAAUCAACUACGCACACGGGCCCAAGCUAAACGCGCUAUGGAAGUUGCUAAUCAACCAGAAGUCCCUGAACGCACUAUUCCACCGGCGGUAGCGCGAAAUCCAGUCGUUCCACCUGUUCCAAUCGAAACCGUCCCUCCUGCGACCGCCCCUGCUGCUCCAGUUGCCCCGCCUCAACCCCCAAUCCAUCCGUACGCCGCAGCUCGUGAUGGCGCUUACGCACCGCCCAAAGAACGAAAUGUUGGGAUUCCAGCGCAGAAAUCACAACCCCCACGCUCUUCGGCUCCGAUCUACAACCCCAAAGAUGCUGCAGCUGUUUUCGACGCCAUUUUGGACAUCCCUGUCACCCAGACGCUUCGCCAGACCCUGUCGAUUGCCCCAGAAGUCCGUGCUCAAUUCCGCGAAGCCACUAGUUUCCGUCGUCCCCCUGCCAAGACUGGCGAGGCAGUGCCUCAAUUCCUGCAUCCUGUCACUGAUAGCACGCCCUACGACCUUCCAUAUGCUCAGGACGACUCAGAUUUGGUCGAAAAACCAGACGUUGCCCCCAGACGCUUGGGUGGUCCCAGAUAA